GGUGGCUCAAGUGGGCUAUUUCACGCCCCGAGUGAUUAUCAGAGCUAUCCAGAUUCAGCGCUACCGAAGAAGUUCAUAACUUCCCGACAGCUUGGGAUGGCCGUGCUGAUACCGCAGAAGAUGGCAGUGGCAACGACGGUUAUUCUGGCAUCGAACUUUGUUGCGAUCUCACAAGCAAGCGGUGUUUGCGAUUGUCAGAAUUGGGCAGACGUCUACUACAGAAACCUUGCCUCGUGCGGCCGUGCCAACGAGCUGUACUUCUUGAGCAAGUGGGGCUUCUCGGCCGCUUAUGCUGCCACCGAGCCCAUCACCGGCCUGCCCCACAAGGUCUGCGCGGACUUCUUCCGGAACUUCCUGAGCACCGCCUGCGUGAACGUGGACCUGCUCGAGGGGUCGAAGCCCACCAACAGCUCCGGCCUGCAGUGGUGCUACGUCAGCAACGACUGCGACAACCUCAACGGCGGCGAGUACGCCACGAACCAGAUCGGCUUCGCCCAGGGCGCCUGGAGCAACCAGCAGAGCGCGAGCACCCUCGCCUGGAAGAUUUGCGAGCCGGCUGCAGACGCCAUGCUGAAGCACAUGUCGGUCCAGGAGGUCAUCGAUGCCGCCACGGAGAGCGACGUCAGCUUGUCUCGGAUCCUUCGCCUGGCCUACCCUGCCGUGAACAUCACCUACGGCCAGGCCGCCGCCUUCUUGGAGGCAGUCAACGACGCCUACAAUGCCACCUUGACGCUGGAGGAGAUGGUGGACUCCGUGGACACGCCUGCCGCCGUCUGGGGAAGCACCGUCGCGAGCGUGCACGCCCGCCUGGCUGCCAUCGUGAAGUCCGAGCAGGCCACCGUGCUGGACUCGCUGGGGCAUGGCGACAACUUCCACGUGGUCCAGGGCCGCGCAGUGUACGAGGUCAAGAGGACCGAGAACGGAAACAUGGCGUACCUGGGCGGACACUUCGCGGACGAGUUCGCGGUCUCGUGCGUCCUGGGCUGCGCUCUGCCCGAGCGCCUCGACGCGGUCGACCUCGAGACGCUCUGAGGGACAUGGGACGCGCUCCUCCCGUGCCUCGGGGGCAACGUCAGGAGGGGGUAGGCUCACUCUCGAGGUUCGGCUUCAUCUUGGCGCGGCGGCCGAUCUGGCCAGCUGAUGCAUGCUUGUGGCGCGGAAAGGGUCGAUGGCGCAGCUGAGUUCGAGCUCGGCCGCGCCGACGGCGUCGGAUGGAACUCCCUACGGGGCCACCCCGACCGAUGUCCUGACGACGUUAGAGAGAUAGAAGAAACGGCGCAAGCACAGAUUUUCGGAGGCCCGCGCCGAUCCCUUGAAUCGGCGCUGGGCCCCCUGGUGGCGCCUCUGGCGCCGCCCUGGGCGCGCUCCGCGCAUCAGGCCGCUGGUGGAUGCCAGCGGGCCAGGCAGAUCGCCACCGCUGAGCGGCCGUUUUGGGCCGCCCGGCGGGCGACGGCAGCUGCCGUCGCUUCACGCGCUGG